AGGCGUAGUUCGUAGUUCACAUGGAGAACAAACUGUGUGAACAAGUGGUGGAAGAUGUAUUCAUAUCCAAGUAAAAGUACCAUUACCACAAUAUAAAAGUAAUCCAUUACAAGUAAAGUCCUUUAUUAAAACAAAGACAUAAAAUAACCAAAAAUAUUUUGAGAAUAUUAGCCCAAACCAAGCUAACCCUCUCUCAUCUCUCUUGUCUCAGACAUCAGAUCCACAGUGGGCAUUUUACAACAUAACAAUUCACGGACUGAGUACCACUUUAAUUGCUAUAUUUAAGUGAAUGUGUUGGUGGUGCAUUGAAGACAAUCCUACAAAGUGCAGCAGCGGGGUUUGCAUUUGGAGAAGCUGCCUUAUUUGCGGUUGAGCCCACACUGACUCAAGAUGGCGUCUUGCUAACUGCUGUGACUCUGGCUGCUGGACGAGCUGGUUCUACAGGUGUUGGGGUUGUGGCGGCAUGCCUUGUUUUCACCUCAGUCCUCAUUUCUCUGGGAAGUGGAUUCCUCCUUGGUGCAAUGGUGUUGAAGCUGUGGACCAAAUCUGGAGUGAGGCUGCUGUGGUUACUUGAGGCCACAACCGGAGCUUCUGUUGUGGUGGGUGCUGUCACUACUGGUGUGUUAGUGGGCAUCCUUCCACCAUGGAUCUACAUUUCAGCCCAAGGGAUUCUGGUCCUUACAGUCUACUCAUACUCUACUAAUAUUAACGACAUGACCACAGCUCUAUUAAUCAUCUUCACCACCCUCUACCUCAGUGUCGUAUAUGGAAGAAUGGGUGUCACUGUUGGACUCUUCGUUAUGGGACUGACCAUCUCUGUGCUUUGUGCCCUCCGAAAGGCUCUGACAGAGAGGAUGACACCAAGGCCAAAAACAAGGUGUCGACUUUUGGAGAGGAUAUUCUUCUAUUCUGUCUUUGUAGGGAUAAUGGGAUUUUCAGUAGGUUUAGGGGCAGGUGAAGCACGAGAAGGGUCUGAAGCAGAGGUAGUUUUGAUGCUGCAGUCGGUCCUCUGGGUGGCGUUUCUGUCUGCAGGGCUGCUAGGAGCUGGCCUGGGAACAGUGGCUGUGGUCGGGCUGGGGCCAGACAUGACUGGAAUGGUGGCUGUGGGAGCUGCUAUAAUAUCAUCAGUAGCCCUGAGAGUCAUUCUGCAAUUGAGCUCUUCUCUUGGGGUCCGGAGCAGCCUGGGGGGAACAUUAGGAGCAGCUACAGCCGCGGGGUUCUCACUCGGAGCCGCAAGUGUUGCAGCCAAACAAAGGUUUGGGUCUAGAAAUUCAACUCUUGCAGCUUUAAGUUCAGUUGCUGUUGGUGCCUUGUUGGCAAUGCGAGGUGUGGCACUGAAAGAAACUCUGCUGACAACAACUGAACUUAUAACAAUCACCCUUGUUGCAAUAGGGGCAUUUGUUCUAGGUGCACCAAAUAGCCCGUUCCACACUCAGGUGAAUCUACAAAGGGGCCUUCUCACGGGGCCACAGCUAAUUAUAGGAAUUGGCAUGGAGACAGUCACCGCAGCAGCAGCCCCUAUCGGAGCUGGGGCACUUGGUGCUGCGACAUUGGCUACUGCAGCUCUGGGGAGACUGGGGACUGUGGGAGUUCUGGUGGCUAUAGUGCUGGCUUUGGGAAGUACUCUUAGUGGGAUGAUAGGAAAAUCACCACCAACAAUAAGGGCACACAGAGGUGAUUGAUUUUAGAUGGAACAGCAGGAUAAACAGUAUAGAGAGAGACAUUUUCUGUACAUUUGUGUGUGUGUGUGUGUAAAUCUGUAAAUCUACAUGAACUUAAAAGUAUCAAUGCCAGUGUGUGCGUAUGUUUUGCCUUUUAAAUAAUUUGCUUAUUGAUAAAACCUGACAAUCGUGCCUCAAAGUGUUGAAUAAAAUGGAUGAUGAAUUUUAACUAAGGCUGGGUUUGAGUAUUUACUCAAAUAUUGACAUCUUAUUGCUCUGAAAAAAUGUAGCUCUAAUUACUGUAAAAAAAAAUUAGAGGAUCAGAUAAAUAGUCAGCUGUUUGACGUUUUGUGGAGUAGCUUUAAUGAUUCCUUUCCCUCACCUCUUGACACCUCACUGGUAUCAUUUCCCAUGACAUGAUUACAAGUUCAGCUGGCAGUUACUUUGGUUUCAUCUUAGCAACAGUAACAGAGGGCUUGCUGUUUAGAAAAAGGAGGGGAGAGGUGGGAGGAGAGAGAAACAAAGAAUAAUAUCUGAAGGCUGAAGAGCAUCUUACGUCCAGAUCUUACCGUGAGGAAUAUGGAUUUAUACAUCAACACACGAUGGUCUUCUGCCUAUUUAUACUGACCGUCUCUAAAAGGAUGAUAAAUUGCAUGCAAAUGAAUGUCCACCGGUGCUUGAGGGUUUUGUUGGCAUCACAGAGGACCUCAACAACAAGGAAAAAGGGGCUGCAAGAAGUUUUUCCACUUAAACAGCCUGGGGACAGAGCAGCACCUCCACGCCAAUGAGGACCUCAGAAGCUAAUGUACUUUUAAGGAAUUUAAUGGCACCAUAAAAUGAAAAAAUAUGGCGAUAUUUUCUAAAGAUAAACGAGGUUUCACUGUGGAUACACUCUAUGGUGAAACUAGUCCUUGAAACGGCUUUUAUUUGUUACAUGGCAUUCUGGGAUACAAUUAUUUUCUGUGCUGGAAUAUUUUUGACUGAGAUGGAUGGAUUUUUGCGCAAAAUUACAAGCUUGACUGCUCUCUCCAAAAGUAGCGGUGGGACGCACCAACUCCUUUUUACGGAUGUUUGCAUUCUGCGCUCUUCAGGAAUGAUGUUGCACGACAGUAUUAGAGAAGUUUAAUCUCCAUGAAGCCAAUAUGUCUCUGAACCGGGUCCACACAAGAGACACGGAGCAGUCUGCAGAGUACUCAGUGGAGUACUCAGCGCAGAUUCCCAGUGACUCCAGUCAUGGAGCGGCUCGGACGCGCGAGGUGACCGUGCUCCAGUCGAGCUGUUGCUGGUGCCUUCCGCGCUCCGUGCGCCUCACUUUCACGCCAGAGUCACUGGAGAGGCUUUACCAGAACUACUUCCGCCGACAGAGAGAAGAGAACCUGCUCGUGUUGGUGAUCUUUGCUGCUCUUUUCAACAGUUUCAUCAUCAUCAUGUGCGCGGUGGUGUACACUGAGGACAAGCUGGCGAUGGUGGUGGUCGCAGCUGUGGGGCUGGCUGCGGACAUUGUGCUCUACGUGCUGUGCUGGCUCCAGAAGCUCCCAUCAUCGCCAGUCUCACGCGGCGCAGUACCGUACAUACUGUGGCUGAUGGUCACCGUCCACGUUUUAUGUUACAUGGGUCUGAACUACGAGCGUUUUCCCCAGGCCAGCGACGCAGUGGGCUGGCAGGCCUUUUUUAGUUUCUCCAGCUUUCUAACACUCCCACUGAACCUUGUGCCGCUGCUCCUGCUCACGGCUCUCUGCUGUGGGAUACACACUCUUGUUCUGGGGGUGACUGUGGCUCAAAGGUUUGAGGAUAACGUACAGGGGCCCAUGCUGGUGAGACAGCUCCUAGCCAAUGUGAUGCUGUACCUGUGCGCAGCCACGGUGGGUAUGAUGUCAUACUACAUGGCUGACAGGAAGUACAGAACAGCUUUUUUGGAGGCUCGUCAGUCACUAGAAGUCAAACUCACACUGGAGGAACAAAGCACACAGCAGGAGGAACUACUACUGUCUAUCCUGCCCAAACACAUUGCUGAUGAGAUGCUACAGGGCAUGAAGAACCAGGCCAAUCAGCAAGAGGUCCAACAGCAGCAGUUCAACACCAUGUACAUGUACCGCCAUGAAAACGUCAGUAUCCUGUUUGCUGACAUAGUGGGCUUCACCCAGCUGUCCUCAGCCUGUAGUGCCCAGGAGCUCGUAAAGCUGCUUAAUGAACUGUUUGCGCGCUUCGAUAAACUGGCAGCAGAAUAUCACCAGCUGAGGAUUAAGAUCCUCGGAGACUGCUACUAUUGCAUUUGUGGUCUUCCUGACUUCAGAGAGGACCAUGCCGCCUGCUCCAUAAUGAUGGGUCUAGCGAUGGUAGAAGCCAUCUCGUAUGUGCGAGAGAAGACUAAAACCGAAGUGGACAUGCGUGUGGGCGUUCAUACAGGCACAGUGCUGGGAGGAGUGCUUGGCCAGAAGAGGUGGCAGUUUGACGUUUGGUCCACAGAUGUCACUGUAGCCAAUAAGAUGGAGUCUGGAGGGAUUCCUGGGAGAGUGCACAUUUCCCAGACCACAAAGGACAGUCUACAUGGAGAAUUUGAACUGGAGCCAGGCGAUGGUGGAGAGAGGUGCGAGUACCUGCUGGAGAAAGGCAUUAACACGUACUUGGUUCUAGCACCUAAACACGUGGCAAAUGUGCUCAGUGGAAAUAAACAGGGCACGUUGUCGAACAGAAAUUCAAACCAGUUGAUCAACACUACUGCAACAAAUGGCAACGUGGCCUCACCCCAGUCCACGCCCACUGAGUCUAAACCAGAGAGGAGCAAGAUGGUUGAGGAACAUGUGAUCAACACACGGCUGCAGCAGGAGCUGCUGGACAGAGAAACUCAGCAAAUAAUGAAGGAUCAUAAGAUCAACACUGUGUCAUUGCGUUUUGUUGACGAGAAGUUGGAGGAGCGCUACUCCUCAGAGAAGGAGAAGCGAAGUGGAGCAGCCUUCUGCUGCUGCAUCAUAGUGCUCUUCUUCAUUACAGCAAUGGAGGUGUUCAUAGAUCCACUGUUGGCUGUGAACUAUGUGACUCUCGUAGUAGGAGAAGUGUUGUUGCUUAUCCUCACAGUGUGCUCCCUGGCUGCCAUCUUCCCCAGGAUGUUCUCCAGGAGGUUGGUGGCUUUCUCAAUGUGGAUUGAUCGCACUCGGUGGGCCAGAAACACAUGGGCAAUGGCAGCCAUAUUUGUUCUUACCAUGGCUGUGAUUGCCGACAUGCUGAGUUGUGUCCCACCGUCCCUUCGAGUUUUCAACAGUACCUCUGGCCCCAUGUUGGAGUCACUCAGUGACCGAGGCUGUGCAGAGAAUCCAAAGCACUACAGCUUCAUGGCUGUGAUGUCACUCAUCGCCACCACCAUGUUGGUGCAGGUCAGCCACUUGAUUAAACUGGGACUCAUGGUGCUUGUCGUCACUGCAACUGGAGCUGUUAACAUCUACAGCUGGAGAGAUAUAUAUGACCUGUAUGACUAUAUACAGUUUGCCUCAUACAGAACAUCCAUAGUGCCAUCCAAGUACCUCAUGACCAUGAUGAUCAUUGUCAUGAUGAUUUGCUUCUACUUCUUUGCCCGCCAUUUGGAGCAUCAGUCCAGGAAGCUGUUCCUGUGGAAGAUCGGUGUGCACGACCAGAAGGAGAGGGUGUUCGAGAUGAGGCGCUGGAACGAAGCGCUAGUCACCAACAUGCUGCCGGAGCAUGUGGCCAAACAUUUUUUAGGCUCUAAGAAAAGAGAUGAGGAGCUGUACAGCCAGUCUUACAGUGAAAUAGGUGUGAUGUUUGCUUCCAUCCCCAACUUUUCUGAUUUCUACACUGAAGAGAGUAUUAACAACGGAGGCAUUGAGUGCCUGCGGAUUCUCAAUGAGAUAAUCUCGGACUUUGACAGUUUACUAGACAGGGAUGAGUUCCGCUGUAUCACUAAAAUCAAGACAAUAGGAAGCACCUACAUGGCCGCGUCAGGACUCACUCCAGAGAGCAACAUGAAUGAAUACAGUAGACGCAAGCCAGAGGACCAGUCACUGAUUGAACACUGGCAACAUCUCUCUGAUCUGGCAGACUUUGCUUUGGCUAUGAAAGUAACCCUCAACAACCUUAACAAACAGUCCUUCAACAACUUCAUGCUCCGAAUUGGUCUGAAUAAGGGGGGGGUCUUGGCUGGAGUGAUAGGUGCUCGUAAACCUCACUAUGACAUCUGGGGCAACACGGUCAAUGUAGCCAGCAGAAUGGAGUCUACUGGAGUUAUGGGAAAUAUCCAGGUGGUGGAGAACUGCUAUAACAUCCUGAAGGAGUACGGGUUCCGCUUUGUUCGGAGAGGGCCCAUAUUUGUGAAAGGGAAAGGAGAGCUGCUAACUUUCUUCAUGAAAGGAAAAGACAAACCCAAUGGCAAUGGCCCAGUGACCACUACCCUGCCACACCAAGUUGGGGAUAUAUCUUGACCAUUUUCAUCCAGUGACAUGUCAUUAAUAUGAGGCCAGUUUCUCUCAAAUACACAGGUUAUUUACCUAGAUCUUUUUCAUAUACUCUCUAGCAAUGUAAAGCGAAGUAGACCGUUAAAACAAAAUAACACUGUAAGAAACAAAGGGAUUUAAAAACAGAAACUGGUUCUCUAUAGGUGUACAUAAUUCAGAAAUACAGUUCAUGAUCUCCCAGAGCUCUUGCAUUAAAUAUUUUAUCACUUUACACUUGGUUCAGAGUGGUAUGAGGAUUACAAGCUUGGAACAGAAAUAUAAAUUACUUUGAUGAUGAUCUUGAGCUAAGGUUUUAUAAAAUAAUGUAGCUUAAAAUCUGUAUUUAUACUGUGUUAAUAAAACCUGUUUGCACCAAGA